AGCGCUCGGCGGGCAGCGCUCGGCGGGAGGCGGCAGCCGGGGCGCGCCCCGCCGCGGGGCCGGCGCCCGCCGGAGGAAGCAUUUGUUGAUACUGUCCAUCGCUGGAACAUCAAGCUCUACAGAGACCCUUAAGAAAUGGCACAUCUUCCACCUGUGCAUCAGUACAGCUUCUACAUUUCUACAGUACACAGGAAAAGUUUAAUCAGGGCCUUCCCCUAAGGGACAGAGGAAGCCAUGGCACUGUCAACCACAUCAUCACUUCCUUGAAAUAAAUCUGCUUUACAGCUCCGCUGAGCAGAAGUUAGGCUCACAGGCAGGUAUCUGCAGUCUUACUCUUCGUGGUACAAAGACCUAUGAAUGUGUGCAGUAACGGUGCACUUCACUGUAUAAUUUUCUGGUUAAUGGUGCCUGAAAAUUGUGGAGCAAUUGUAUUAAUUUUUAUAUGGCAACGUGGUGAGAGUUCAAGAACGCUACUUAACCAGUAUUGAACUUCAACUUGUACACUGAGGUUCACGGGUUUAUUCACUUAAUAUCUCUUGAUUUUAGUACAAACGAUAAUCACAGGGAUAAAAUAAAAAUGAAAGUGACCUUUUUAGGGAAUAAAAUAACUACGUCUUCUUAAGUAAAGCAGGAGGAGAUACAAUUUAAUGAGAGAGGAGAGAUGUGAGAGAUGCUCAAAUGUGACAGAUGAAAGUGAUGAUGGUCCUCCAAAACCUAUUACAUGAGAUGAAGAAGAUCUGUCCCCAAAUUCUCAUGUUAUUGUAAUUAUAAUGUAGCAAGGGAACUAUUCUUUUUGUUUCAGGAGUAAGAAAACACAUGCUUUUACAAUCAUUUCAGUCUGUUUUAUUAUUUUGAUAUUACUACAGUCAGCAUUAUGAUUCUGUUAGAUGUCCGGAUGCUACUACUUGCUCCUCUGCUUUUAACGCUUCCCUCUUUCUGUGUGAUUGCUGAAAGUUGCUUCACCAUAAUGUGGAACUUCUUAAUGGUAUCAACAAAGAAGUGUGCAUUCCCACAUAGUUAAAAUAUAAAUCUGCAGCCAUUCUUAUCCAUGAGGCAGGGGAAGGAUCUAAGAAGAUUACAUUACAGAAAAUUGACUUCUGAUCUUCAUGUAAAGUGAAAUCUGUUUCUAAUCUCGUUUGAGAUUGGAAUUCAUAAUGACCAUCUGCAUGAAAAUUUUACCCAUAGUAAUUUAUUUAAGAAGAAAUCUGGCUCAAAAUCUCAGCUUUUUUUUUUCCCUUUCUUUCUUUCUUUUUUUUUUUCCCCUUGAAUAAAAUUUCCUAGUCUGGCAUCUCACGGAAGAGCAUCUGCUGCAAAGAUGUGUUUGGAAGUUGUAACUUAUGAUGCUUUACCUUUUUAAACAAGUUUUUCCAUUGUGCUGCCUCUUAGAGCCACUGAAGUCCCCAGCUGCUGUGAACAAGCUCUGCACAGAAGACAUCAUUCUGGUUUGGGCCGACUUCAUUAAAGAUUAGAUAAAAUCACACUUCACUCCUUAAUAUGAAUGUCUUUGUUCAUCUUUUUCCCUAAAAAUGAUAAUCUGACAUUGUGAUUUUCUUUCAUUAGAAGGAAAUCAUUGAAUAUUACUUCUACUAAAAAUGAGCAUGUCUCAUAUUUCAGCCUAUUAAAAAGAAAUUUAUUUACAACAGUCAGGGGGCUAAUAAUAAUUAGAACGUCCAGUCUGCUCUAUGUUUUUUCAUCAUCUUUGACAACCUGUUUAGAAAUCCUAUGUUUGCAAGUUCAAGCUGAGAUUUUCAGUAUGUCUCAACGAACAUGUUCAUUGGGAUUUACAAAAACUUCAUACUUCAGCUGUAUUCUAUCCCCACAGGAUUUUUUUCUCCAACAGACAUUCAAAUAAUUAUCCUUUAUUUACAUAAAUAGUUAUGCAAAUAUUCAAAAUUCACAUUACAUUAAAUAAUGUGCUUACGUUAAUGUAAUAUAUUGACACUAAUCUAAAUUCAAAUGUAAAAUGUUAAUUUAAUGUACUAGAAUAUUCUCACUGCAGUCUUAUAUUAGGCUAAGGAUGCUAUAGGGGCAUCAGAGGAACACAGUGUUCCCAAAACUCCUUGACCUGCUUCAUUGCAAGAAAGCAGUUACAAGCCAAACAAGGAUGUGAAAAUACCUUUCACAGCUGUGACAACACAACAUAUGUUACUACUUUGUGUGAAUGCGAGUGGAGAUGAUUUAAACUCUGCUUUUGGCUGAUUAUUCUUAUGGGGUCUUUUCUUUGAUAAUAAAGAUGCCGUUGGCGAAACCUAUUCAGAAAGGACAGAGUGGGUAUUCCUGCAGACUGCCUGGUAGAUUCGGAUGCUUCUGGCAUACAGAUAUUUGUAACAGAUGUUUCCAAUUAACUGUGAUAAUGCUGAAAAAAGAAUAAAUGAACUUUCUCCAGGAUCUCCUAGAUGAAUAUUGAUGCAGUGCAGUUCUGCUCAGCCUGGAAGGUUUUAUUGUACUGAUGCUUGGGGCAGGAGUUGAAAAAUCAAAGAGCACAGAUUUGGCUCAAAAGCUGAGGUCCUUGUGUGGAAGCAGGUUCAGAAGAGACCUUCUGUCUUGGGUUCGCUGCCUGUCCUGUCUUGCUCUGUCCCCAGCCUGGGGACAGUGCCAGUGCCACCACUUGUCCACAGAACCCUGGGGUUGCACUACCAAAUAGGAUUUAAAGUGCGAAACACAAUAAGGUUUGUGAUUUCAAGUUAUUUGCAGUGGUUUCCCCAUCCAUUUUAACCACUUUCUAGCCAGCAGGGCAGGGAGGGCAAGGCUGGGGUCACCUGAAACAAUUUUCUACUCAUUCUGAGUGAUGCUUGUGCAGUGUGGAUGAAGCGUGAACGUAUGUUCAUGUUGUACAGAUCCAGUGAUGAAUGGAAGAUCAGUGCUGGUGGUGCUUUGGGUUUGGGCAGAAGGGGGCUAGAGCUGCUGGAGAGGGGAAGAACAAGGAUGCGGCUGCAGCAAGGUGGGAGCUAAAGAAAAGUAUGGGAACACAGGAGAAGGGGUCCAAGGUGGUGGGACACAACUAACAGAAAACUUUAUCCCUAUUGGUCUAUUAGCUGAAAACACAAAACAUGGAUGAUAGAUGGCUACUUCAUCUGGAAAUGUAACUUUAGCUACUUGUCUGCAUCUUAGGGUUGAGGGUCCUACACCUGUGAGAUAACUGCCCUUCACUGAGUUUAUUUUCUUGCUGUCCUCUGAAGUUUGGAAAGAAAAGAAAAGAGAGAAAGAGAUUAAUUUUCUGGACUUGAUUAGCCAUUUAUCAUGGAACAGAAUUCUUCUAUAUGAAUGGGAUUGUAGGCAGUGAUGCUUCACAUUUGAAGAAACAGGGAUUGGUGAGCCAAGGGAAGCCUGCCAAGCUGCUGUUCCUAAGCAGACUUAUGUGAGCAGAGAUUCUGGCUUUGGCUCACUGUGACUUCUUGUACAGAGAGAAUGCUGACAGCCACGCUAAGCAUCUGUCUUUAAAAGUGAUAGUAAAGGAGAAUUCAUAUUUUGUCUUUCCCCUCCCCAGGCAAUGAAAAAGGAGAAAAGCUGUAAUGAAAUCCAUUAGAAACCACGAGGAGGGCAGUGAGCUCAGCAAGAUGAAUUUGAGUAUCACUGAACUAUUUACACAAAACCACCUCCAGUGUUGCAAUAGCUGAGAGCUCCAGAGCUGGGCCACCUCUGUCCCUGUGCCUGUCUGUGGUGAAAGGCAGGAGCUGUGCAGCCAGGCUGGGCCCGGGUAUGGACACGUGGGCCUCGUAGCAUCUGCAUCCCCACCCAGGCUUCAUGGGGAGUGUCUGAUUCCUAUCCGUCUGUCCCAUCUGCCUGCUUUGGUGUGGGAGAGAUGGCCUAGUGACACCCGUAUGGUUCCCAUGAGUUUAAUGCAAAUACCGAACAAGAAUUUCAGGAUUUGGUUAGGUGUGGGGGUUUUAUAGGCAGGCUAAUGUGAUCCUCUGUGAUGUGCAGUUACAUGUCCUGGCAAAUCUUGCUUAUUUAAACCAAUCUCAUCAUUGUUUGCUGUUUUGUCCGAUGCGUUCUGUGCAGUGCAGGGUCUGGAGGUGAGGAACAGACUUCUAACCUUGUGGUGCAUUAGCAACGUAGUGGCCUCACCUUGAGUACUGUGUGCUGUUUUGGGUAGCACAGUACAAAAAAGACAUAAAAGUAAGUGUCCAGAGGAAGGCUACAAAGAUGGUGAAGGUUCUAGAGGGCAAGGUGUAUGAGGAGAGACUGAGGUCUCAUCCUUUGCUCAGCACAGAGCAGAGGAGCUGAGGGGAGGCCUCAUGGCGGCUGCAGCUCCUCACAGGGAGCGGAGGGGCACCAACAGGGCCUGAGGCAACAGCACGGAGCUGUGUCCAGUGGAGGGAGAGGUGGGGGGUUAGGAAAAGGUUGUGGGCACGGAACAGACUCCCGAGGGUAGUGAUCAUGGCACUGAGCUGGAGUUUAAGGAGCAUUUGCACGGUUCUGUCAGACAUAGGGUCUGAUUUAUAGGUGGCCUUGUGUGGAGCCGGGAGCUGGACUCAGUGAUCUUUAUGUGUCCUUCCAGCUCAGGAUAUUCUGAUUCUCUGUAAAACUGACAGAAACUGCAUUUAAAGAUUGAAAAAUUCUUGCAGUCCACAUGGCCUUGCAGAGUUUCUUAAGUGUCUUGCUCAGUUUGCUGAUGGAGUGGUUUAAAGGGUUAUUUUCUGAAAACAGAGAUGUACAGACAUCCUAGGUUGUGCCUAGAACCUUUAUGAACAGAUAUAAGAAGGGAGAAAUUGGAGAUGUUGUUUUAUUUCAGUUUUUGCACUACUUUAGGCUAUUUUUUUAUAGGCCAUAACACAGAUCAAACUCUUGCAGUACUGCUGCAUUUCAUGCCAGUGCCACAUGAGGCAGUGCACAGGCAGGCAGCUUGCUCUGCUUUGUCCUGUGGAUGCUUUGGAGAAUGCUGCAGACAGCCUUGGCUGCAUAAAGAAGUGUUUGGAAUAAUUAGCCAACCUUUUAUGUGUCUUUGCUGUGGACUAAGGUUGUUGAUCUUGUUUUUUCCUGCUUUUUAAAACAGUUUUCUCUUUUGAACGAUAAUCAAAGAGACUAAAAACUAUGAGCUGGUGAUAUUCUAUCCCAUUUUUCCUGAAAUGAGUCUUCCAAAAUUAAACGUUAUCUCAAUUCACUGUGGUUAAAUCAAAGUUUAUAUAGAUGGAUUCUCUGCUUUGUCUAGUCUUGCCUUCCCUUCCCUUCCUCACUCUCCUUUUCCCUCUGUCUUUGUAUCUGGUAGAUCCCCUCUUUUAUGAACAAACAAAUUCCACAAAGAUCUUUAGUACUGAUUCAGUACUUAGAUAAGCUUCCAGUAUUUUUUGCAAAGCAGUAGAUCUGAUGAAAGACUUGUAUACUUUAUGUUAAUACUUAACUAUACAGAGAUUUCAAUUUUCACAUUUUUUUAUAAACAAUAAAUUCGUUGAAUGGGAACAUUUUUAUCAGUUAUGCUUUUGCUGGAUAUGAUGCCACUAUCCCUGGCAGCAACACUGGGAUAAUUCAAACAAGUCUGACAGGAUCAGGACUCAGGAAUGCAAGUUAGCCCUGGGAGACAGGUACCGGCUGGUGAUGAGGCUAUGACACAGGUAUUCUUUUUCUAUCACAACUUGUCAACAUAUGACAGAAGGAUAUCAUCCUUUAUCUCCCUUUAGCAUUUAUAAUCUUAAAUCCUUCACUGAUACCUAGAUUUAUAUUUUCUGGUGGCUGUCUUGCCAAUUACCAUGGUAUCACUUCCAUUUCCCAAACCUCUGUCUGCUAUAGUCCCCUAUAGUCUGGCCAAUUAUUUUGAUGCACUUUAAUCAGAUUUGACAUUUAAAAAUAAAUAUAUGAUUCCCUUGUGCAUUUAUGGUUUAGCAAUUUCAUUUAGAUAAUCAGAUCUUGUCCAUAUAUCCAAAUAAUUUAGGAGUAUUUCUCCUGGUUAGCUAUGACAAUACUAGAUAAUGGAUUUGUGCUAUUUUUAACCAAAUCUAUAAAGAUCUGAAUGUCAUGAGUCUGAAAGAGCUUUGACGGGAAAUGAAAUUAAAAAGUGGAAAAUAGGAAAAGUGAGAGGAUGCAGAAGAGGAUUAACAAAAGAAGAAAAAAAAGAAAAUUGCUGGUCAUUGCCACUGCUAAAUACAGUGGUUGAAAGUGCCCCUGUGGAGUUAGGCCUCAAAAAUGGGAUACAUUGACGAUUAAGAGGAGUGGAAGAUGAAAUAUCAGUGAUGUGAAAUUUUUCUUCAUUUUUAAUAAAAAUGGGCAAGGUGCAAGGAAAAACAGAAGGCAAGCUGAAGUUGAAGGAAGCUCAUUUGUAGCCAUCGAUGUUCUAAUGAGUAGCACUGGGAAACCAUUUAUACCAUAGCAGGCUGAAUUACUUAAAUCUUCACAGGGCCUUGACUUCACUUCUGGAAGAAGGGGCUUGAGACAUAGUCCCAAAUUAAUAUCUAAGCAGCCAUAAGUCUUUAUUCAAUUUGUGUAAGUGAUAUCUUCACCUGAGUUAGUUGCAAGCCUUCGGUGGAAUCUCUGACCGUAGAUCCAAAUGAUGUGUGUCAAAUAACACAAUUCAAUGAGGUAGGUAGCUCAGUGUGAAGUCCAGCCCUCUUCAUCAAGAGCACAGUCCAGAGCACGUGUGUCUUCAUCCUCAUGGAUUUCAUCAACAGCAAACUCCAAAUUUAGCUAAGAUUCCUAAUCUAGUGGGUACGAACUCUGCCCAUUGCAGGGGAGUUGGAACGAGAUCAUUUUUAAGGUCUCUUUCAACCCAAACUAUUCUGUGAUUCUAUUAUCUCUAGGGCUAAGGUUUUUAGCACCUGUUGCAAGCUAGACACAUCUUUGUUUGAAAAUAUGGUGUAACACCCAUUUAGAGAAAUAACUUACCAUUGUAACUUUUACCUCUUUGGACGGAGACGUUCAUAAUUUGCUUAAGGAUGUUUGCUUUAUAUUUGUAAAGAAUGGAUUUGACAUCAGAGUAUUAGAAUGUCAGUGCCUGGAUUUUGGCAUACGUUAUUGGAGAGGGGAACUCCUGCUUUGUGCUUUCUGAAAACUGCAUGUUGUAGCCCUCUGUCUCUUAGUUGCGGAUUUGAAAAGUGUAUGUGUGUGGGUUGUAAAAGACUGUGAUCAAAUCAGAUUUUAAUGCCCCUUAUUGUCCCAGCAAAAGCAUGCAUGUUUUUACAGAGAAGUUCUUCUAUGAAACUUUCUGGAGUUGGUUAAUGCAUUCCUCCACUAAAUGACUAAACUCUUUUGUCGCCUAGAGUGCCCUGAGCAAUAUCUUUGUGCUGUUAUCUUUGUGUUUUUGUUCAAUAUCUUCAUGUUUUGGAAGCUAAGUGUGUGUGAGAUAAAGAUGAGAAGGAUUCUGAUCUCAUUCUCUGAUCUCCAAUGGAUGGUAUACAUCCAAAAAUACAAGAAACUAAGGGAUUUACACCAAUGAAAAUGAGGUUUCCUGCAGUUGAAAAUAACUGUGAGAAUAGACUGAAAGUAUUAAUUUUCCAUGUGACACUAAAAAAUGAUGGCUGGAUCUUUACAUGCCACAGAUAUGGUAAAAGAAGACAAUAAAGCCUUUAAAAAAUUAUAGACAAAAAGGAUCACAAAGACCCAGAGAGAAGAAUCUAAUAAGUAAAAAUUGAUAAACUGUCACAUAUGUAAAUUUACAUGUAUGUAAAUGAUAAAUAUCAGUAUGCUUCCUUACCAACAUAAAUGCAUUUCUGUUUACAUAACUAGAUUUAUGUACGCUAAGUACAACAUAAGCCCUUAGCAAACUCUAGAGCUGCAGACAGCUGAAUUGGUAGAGGUGGAGUGAGGUGGCACAGGCAGUCUGUAGCACUCUCUUCUGCUCCAGACUCAGCUUUCCAAGAGAAGUAACUGUCAUGAAUGUUCUCAGCUGCCUCUAUGCCAAAGCACACCACAUCGUACACGCUUGGUGAUAGGCAGCCUGUUGACGUUGUGUUGUGGUUCCCAAAUGUUGCACAGUAAAGGAGGAAAAUGCUGUGAAAGUAUUGCCAAGGAGUACUGAUUUGUGUAGACUAGAAACUUAGGAGAAACAGAAAAUGGAGGGAAGAUAAAGCUGACUUACAAGAUAUUGCUCUUGAUUAUUUUAGAUGGAGUAAUUUAGCUUGCCACUAGCAACAAGCAGUUCCUAAUGUGCUUUAGCAUUAGGCAUUACAUCCUUUACUAUUUAUUGAAUUGUGUUUGUAGGCUGACCUCCAUGCAGUUCUCUGCUUUAGGGCAUCUUUUUGACUCUAAACAACCUCUUCAGCACUUUGUUGUAAAAGAGCUGUAUGGGUUUUUUGAGAUUACAUACAUAGUUCUACAGUGCAGAGAGAGAUCUCAUCUGAGAUCCAUCAGCUUUGAUACUCACCUGGAAUCUAAGUGUGUGUGCUACUCUGAAAUACGUGCUAGGUAUUUAUGAUGUUCAGUCAAAGAGCAUCUCACUUUGUUUAUUGCCAUAGUCAUCUGGCUCUGCUGGUACGAAGCAAUCUUGAUCUUCCUUGAGUCCAUUUGGCAAGAUGCUAAGGCAAAUACUUGAUCUUAUUAAUAGAUCAAAGGAAGAGGCUUUUCUUAAGAAGUAUUAUUAAAUAAUAAAAUCAGAAGAGGUGGUUGCUCAUUUACAACUCUCUUUUCUCAGCUGAAUUUUGAUUACAAGGUGCACCGACUUACUGGGCUGUUAGUAUCUACUGGCACCACCGCUCAGCUUUCCUGAACAAGGAUGAUGGAGUUUUGGCCUCAGCAAAAUGCUUUCAAACAAUCCGGUUGCUUUUAGGAAAACGUUCAAAAAUUUCCACCUAGAAACGUCUCAUGGUACAAAUUCACAUGCAUUGACUUGGAAGUGGCUGGCAUACCUGUGACUGUUCCUCAGAACAGCCCUGGCCAGUUCCCCCUAAAUGUAACAGCAAGGAGCCCAUGGAGCUGGUGCUGCAGUGCUGCGAGAUGGUGGCUCUCAGGCUGACCCGGUGGGACCUGCUAAAAGGGUGAGAGGGGGCCCGUGAGGGAUUGCCAGCAAGGCAUCAAUUAGCACUAAUUGCAUGGGAAAUCAUUGUAACGCUGCGACGGUUCAUCCGGGAGCUGGAAUGAGUUGGUGGGUGUGCUGAACCCUGAGGACUGCGUGUCCCUUGCUGUUUGUUACCAGAAGAAAACCCGUUGUGUACUGCUAUGAUCAGUGGCACUAUUUUAGGAUCCGAAUUAUAAUUAACGUAAAGAAAUGUGCAACAGCCAUCGUGUACCCUCUGGCUCAGCAUGGGAAUCUUUGAGUUGGUUGAAUCUUCCAGUUGGUUACUGCAGGGAUCAUCACCAGCAGGGCAAGAUGACUUUCUAUUUUCUGAUAGGAAGGACAACAAACUUGAAGUUAUGUGAAAUGCAUGAAAUGCGCACGCAGCAGUCUGUCUUUUAAGAGGAAAUAGAUAUGGGCGUUUAAAAGGUUUGCCUUUUCAAAGUGCUGCCACCUUCCUUUCACACCGACAGCUGCAAACAUCUGUGGGACCCGUUGUCUCAAUGCACAGUCGCUUGGUGAGGGGAGGAUGUGCCUUUUCCACAGUGAGCACAGCAGCCUCGCAUGCAGAGGGUGACUGGCCAGCCUGGCCUGGAGCUGCAGGGUAACAGAGCCCUGAAGGGAUGCAGCACCACUUGGCUACAAAUGGAUGUUGGACAGGGCUGGAGUUCGGGCUGCCGACCACUGGGCUGCCACCCUGAUGGAGCACUGACCUGCUGGGUCACCAUCCUGCCAGGUUGCCGUCCUGCCUCCUCACCCACUCCUGGUCUCUAAGUGGCGGGCAGGGCUUGGAGUCCUGGGGUAACUCCUCCUCUGCUCGGGAUGCUUUGCUCACGCAGCCACCCACGGUCUAAACAAAAAUGUGCGAGGCGAGGCAGGGAGCCUCCACCUCCCCUCCUGCCACCGGCAUGUGCUGACAGCAUUGCACUCCUCUUCACGCAGCUGGUCCAGAGCACAUCGCGUUUUUCCCCUUUUGCUUCUCGUCAGACCAAGCAAGAAGAAGAAUAAAGGAAAAAAAAAGGAGGGGGAAAGUGCAGGGCUGUGCAUUUGGACGUCUUUGUGGCCGCGUCAGCAGCAAAGCACAGAGGCUGCUUUUUGCAGGGCUGCGGUGCACUGGCAGUGCCAAGGUGAGGUCCGCGCCGUGCGUGCAGAGUUGCAACGGCACGAAGAGGGGGUCCUGGGCUGGGAGAGCCGGGCUGCUGAGAGCUCCUCUGGCAGGAGGAAGGAGGCACAGCAGCUGCGUUCGGCACAGAUGCCAGCCCUCUCCAUGAAGUAGCCUCUUCAUGCCCAGUGACACCAGCUCCUGCUACUAUCAUGGGACCAGACAGUGGCUUCCUCAGCAGUGGACGGCUCCACGUCAUCCUCUGGGGAAGCUUGGCAGCUAUAACAACACUCUUAUUCCUCACCUUCCUCAUCUUCCUCUGCUCCAGCUGCAACAGGGAGAAGAAGUCCAAACAUCAGAAUGGAGAUCAUGAAAAUCUGAUGAGUGUGCCCUCUGAGAAGGAGGUGUUCAGCCACUCCAUCACCAGCUCCGCCACGGAGCCGCCGCCCAGCAGUGAGCAGAACGGGGCGCUCAGCAACGGUGACGUGCUCUCAGAGGACAGUACAACUGCCUGUAUCCAGCCUUACGAAGAAGUACAAACGUCUAUUUCUGAUCUGCUAGAACAGGACAGUCUUGGGAAAUCCUUAAAAUGUCACCAGAGCCGGGAACUACCCAGUAUUCCCCCUAACAAUACCAUGGAGACCAUCAUCUCAGCUAGGAAUGCCGAAAAUGAUCAAGGUCUUGGGAUGGAAGGGCCUUACGAAGUCUUGAAAGACAGCUCCUCUCAAGAGAACAUAGUUGAAGACUGCUUGUAUGAAACUGUGAAGGAAAUCAAAGAUGUUGGAGCAGCAGCCAACAUGGAAAGGAGCUGCAACAGAAAGUCAGCGGCUUCAGUGAUGGUUACUGAAGGUCAGGAUCAGAUUCCUGAGUGCAGAAUUGAAUCAGCAGAAUAUGCAUCUGUUGACCGGAAUAAAAAAAGUCGCCAAAGUGCUAAUUCAGAAAGCCCUCUGGACAAUACACCGGAUGUAGAGGAUGAGCUUCCUCCUCCAGUGCCCAUGAAACUUCUUGAUGAAAAUGAGAAUGUGCAAGAGAAUGAAGUGGAUGAAGGAGAAGGGACAGAAGGAGCAAGUAAACCAGAGAAGAGGCUGAGUUCGAUGUCUUACAAGUCUCGAGAGGAAGAUCCAUCUCUUACAGAAGACGAAAUCUCAGCCAUGUACUCUUCGGUGAGCAAGCCAGGACAGGCCAUCAGGGCAAUGGAUUCUCCUUACACCUGUAUUCAAGAAAUCACAUCUCAGAGGUCCCCGUCUGUUUGCAGCGGCCUCUAUGCAAGCGUGAAGGACUUUGAGAACACCCUCAGUACUACCACUGUGCCUCAGUCAGCGGGCAGGCCCAAUGGGGAGCUGGAGCCUGACUAUGAAGCUAUCCAGGCGGUGAGCCAAGACGAAGACAGGACCUUGUCUGUGCCUCACACAAACCACAUUGCUCUGUCGGGAGAGAAUGACUAUGAGAGCAUAGGGGACUUGCAGCACCACAGGGAUGUCACCAGACUUUAACUACUCCAGCAGCCGGGUUUCAGCCUUUGUGUUGUCUGCUGGUGUUUCAAAGGAGCAUGCGAAACAAGGAGAGGGGAGCGCUUCUCAUUUUGAGGAGCAAAGCUAAGUGCAGAACAGCAGGUGCGAAAAGCCAUGUACGUUUCAAGUGAGUGGGUGAUAUCUGUGCGUGAUUCUGGGCGGAGGACAGAAGCUCACAGGAAGGUUAAUUUUUAUUGUUGGCUUUUUAUUGUUAGUUCCUGGACAGCCAGAAUUCAGGAAGGAGCGCUGUGUUUGUCAUCCUGAUAGGGUCACAUACCAAAAAGACUGCCUUUACGCAAAGCUAGCUUUUCAUUUUAGAGGAUUAUUUUGUAUCAGUUGCUUCAAAGUGUUUUUCAAGAACCAUUUUCCAUCCAAGUUCAGGAAUCCACUGAGCAACUCGCAGACCAUCAUGCCUCAGUCAGGCAGACUCUGAGGGCUGAGGAAGGUGUGCCGACAUCUGUCGGGAAGCUCUAAUUCAGCCUGCUAGGACUGUGAGGGUUCAGGUGGGGUCAGAAUUCCCAUUCCAUUGUCAUUGCAACUAAAGUGUAAGCUACUUCACAUCAAGUGUAAGUUACUUCACAUCACAAGGAACAUAAUGCAUAUGUACUUGAAUUACUUCCAUAGACUUUUUUCCCUUUCUUUUCUUUCUCUCCUUUCUAUCUUUCUCUCUUUUCUUUCUUUCUUUCUUCCUUCCUUCCUUUCUUCCUUUCUUCCUUCCUUCCUUCCUUCCUUCCUUCCUUCCUUCCUUCCUGCCUUCCUGCCUUCCUGCCUUCCCUCUUUCCUUCCUUUCUUCCUUUCUUCCUUCCUUCCUUCCUUCCUUCCUGCCUUCCUGCCUUCCCUCUUUCCUUCCUUUCUUCCUUUCUUCCUUUCUUCCUUUCUUUCUUUCUUCCUUUCUCUUCCUUCCUUCCUUCCUUCCUGCCUUCCUGCCUUCCCGCCUUCCCGCCUUCCCUCUUUCCUUCCUUCCUUCCCUUCUUCCUUCCCUCCUUUCUUCCUUCUUUUCACAUCAGGGGCUGUAGAAUGUGACUUGCAGUAUUUGAGACGUGUACUGGUAUUUUUAGGAUUUGCCAUUUAGUUAUUUGUGAAAUACUGCUUUAAAAUGGCAAAUGACCAUUAGCAUUCUCGCUCUAUCUCCCCAACAUGCAAACAUGUACCUGCACAUACACAUGCAAGACAUGGGUCAUGUUGCAGAAGGUUGUACAAAUGAAUGUUGCCAUAAUGUUUAGUCUCACCUUAAUAGUGUUGACUCGUCUUUUGAAGGAUUUGGCCCUUUUUUUAAAGACUUAAAGUAUUUUAAUAUGUUUGACUAGUGCAUUAUAUAGGAAAACUUCUGUACUGUGUUGAGUGGAUUAUGUUUUUCAUUUCUACAACACAUUUUCAUCUUCAAAGCUUUUAUAGGUUAUCUUACUGCUUUGUGUAAUGAGAGGAAUCCUGUUUUUUCUUUGGGUUUUAUUUGUUUUUGCUUUAUAUCUUUUUCCUAUUUUAGAAGUAAUUUAAAAGAACAAAUCCUAUUUUAUUUUUUUAAAGCUUCUGCAGGGUUGUGGAGCACACCUUGCUGUUUUUAAGCUCAAAGUAAUGGAGUCUGUAUAAAAGAACACUGACAGAAGGACAAAAAGAAGGGAGGAGAGUGUAUUUUGUGUGGGUUGGCCACUGGUCAUGCUUGUUCCUCAGCUAGAAGGAGCAGGAGUCAGUACUGGUGGGACCAAGAACUUCUUGGGGCUGUGACAAGCAGUUGGAAAGCCACUGUCUUUCCAGAGAUACGAAGUUACUCUGUUACUGUUGAAGACGAAGUACAGUGCUGAGAUGAAAUAAGCAGGUACUGGACUGAUACUCUUGUUUUCUUCAAGAAUAGUACAAUGAACGGUACAGUAAUACAAGAUUGCCCAACAGUAGAGAAUAUGCAUUAUAUUAUAUGCAUCUGUACACAGCUAUGUGUACAUUUGUGCGUGUCCUUGUGUAUACUCACAUACACAGGUGCUUUGUAAACAGACAUAAACUGUGGUCCAAACUUGGUAGCCUUCACAUAACGUUCACAUAGGUACUAUUGGCAUGUGCUUGAAGGGUAGUUUAUUUUAAUGCAAGAUAAAUAGCACUUAAACAGGGAUUGUCUCAUUCUGUAUCAGCCUAGCAUGGGUUCAGCAUGGGUUCGGUUGGUACUGAGGUUUGAUGCAUGAGAUUGAGUCCUUCUCAGACCACUGGCCAGUGCACAGUGCUUGGUACUAUAAAAGGCAAACACAGCUCUGGGUACACGCUUCCUAGAAGUCAGCUUAUAACUGGAUGAGAUGCAGUGGUUUAUGGACGCUGACUAUAAUGAGCAUGGAUUUGAGGAGCAGUGCAGUUGGAUGCCCACAGAGGAACACAGACAUCAUGGAGCCCAACCUCACGCACGGUGAGGUGACACACCUGGGCCAGGCUCCUCCUUGGAGUGAAGCCACACAGCUCAGUCUGCAUCUGCCUUGUUCUUGGUUGUGCUGCCAUGCUUCCACAGCUGCAGCCUAUGCUUCCACCUCACUGCAGUGCUUUUUAAAGCUGACUUCGGUCUUCCUUUCCUAUCAAUGUUCCCUUGAAUGUGAAUACGUGAAGUUCACCUUUGACUGUUCUCUCCUUCUGCUUCACACUGUUUAAGGCCAAAGAGAAAAUGCCUCGCAUUUCAGAAGAUCUGUGCCGAGUUUGGAGACUCUCUGGAGACUUAGCUACGUGUUUGCUCUUUGCUCCAUGCACUCUGUAUGUUGUCCUCAGUCUAACACCUGCAGCAUAGUGGGAGCCGUACCCCACUCCUGAGGUUCCCACACAAAUCUCAGGACGCAGAGUUAUCCUUUAAGGACUAUCUUACUUGUUACAUGGCUGACUGCUUUUGGAGAAACAGUAGCAACGUGAAGUUUAUGACGUUCACCAGAUGCAAUUUCAUGAGCAGUUUAAAGAUAAAAAAAUUAUAGCAAUUAACAAUAGCAAAGAAAAACAUGGAGGUCCUGAUUGCAAAAUUUUAAGCUGCAAAAAAGAGAAAAUAAAGCAUCACUCUCAAACUAAACCCCACCAAUAUCAGCGAGUCCAAGGAAGAAGGGCCUGCCUGCUCAUAUUCACUGUCUUUUGGAGCAGAACCGGGAGCGCUGGAUGCGAGGAAGGGCAGUGAGGCUCAGCUCCUUCCUUCCUUUCUUUCCCCUGUUGGGAAAUGCUUUGUCUGCUCCCCGCUCAGCCUCCAGCUCUUGGCAGGUGACGCAGUAAUACAGUGUUCAGUCCUUACAGCAUUCAGCCCCAGCUGCCAUCCCUGUUCUGUCUGUGAUCGGGAUUCAGACUCUGGCCAGGCCAGUUUCCUCUGAACUCCCCGCAGGAGGACUUCCUUCCAGCCUCACGGACCCUCAGCCCACUCGGGCUCAGGCUCUGCAUGCAUGGCUGCCAUCACCUCCAAACCCACUGAGCCAUGAAGGGAACUACCUCCUGAGCAAAGACAGAUGAGGAGUUACAUUCCUGCAAUCUCCAUUACGUAGGCUAAUGCUAAAGAAGAAUAGAAUUUAGUCCAAGGUCCUGAAAUGAACAGUUUAUCACUUGACAAGAAAAACUUCGUUUUUGUUUCCUCUCACCAAUAGUAAGAUCUGCUCUUUGGCUACUAUGGCCGUGCUUCCUUUUCACUGGUAUACUGGAUGGAAAGAUUUUUCCAGCAGCAAUCUUCAAAUACGUGAGUUUUACUGGAAAGAAAGGGGAGUUUCUUCUACUUACCUCUUCAUUGCCAUUUGUUUCACUUUCACCAUAUUCCCAAAUAAAAAGUCAACAUUCCGAAUGAAGUAUUUGUUAUGUGAUGAUCUUUUCUCGGACAACUACAUAGGUGAUUUUUUUACUUCCAUUUGUUAGCAUAACUGUUCAAGAAACUCACACUUUGCUGUAGUAAAGCCAAGUAAAGCUGCAAUGUCAGUGUACUUACGCUACUGAAAAGAUCAUUUCUGAUUCCCUUCUGGGAACAGGUAGAAAUAAGACAUGCAGUUUGGAUGUCUCUUCCCUGAAUCUGUCUCCUGUGGGACUUCCAGCCAUACGCUGAAGCCAGCAGUCCCUUUCUGCAGUGAUGAGUUCAGAAUUGCUUUCUCAGUCACAGUGAAACAUUUGUUUAAGGAUAUCUGUGCACAGGCACGAACAUAAUUGCAGCAGUUAGAUCAGCUAUAGUGCCUUUUAUACCAAGUACUUCCAUACUCUUUUUCCACACUGUGUUUGUUCGACACAAAACCAAAAAGAGUGUUUCCUCCAUUUAUUUCUGGGGGAAACAGCUUUGGAAACAGUUGAAAACAGCUUUACAGCCGAGACACAUCAAAUGCACUGGACCUCAGUUAGCCUCAGUUUAGCAAUAGCCUCUCGCAAACUUCCUCUAGAAAGCCCAGCAAUGUAGCUACAAUAACUAAGCUUUGCAAUAAGAAUGAUCAAUCUUCUUUUGAAGAACCUAUGUUGUUCAACAGCGAGGAUUCAGGGAGAUGUGGUCUGUGUCCAUGUCAACUGUGAACAAUUGGCAGCUUCAGUCUUUGUACUGGCAUCAAUUACAGGCUUGCUGGUAUACAGCAGGCCUUGCAGGGUGAGGGAAUUGCAGAGAGGAACGGGUGCUGGGGCUCGGGUCCAUCAGUCACACAAAGCUGGGUCAUCCCACAAAGCAGCUGGCUGAGGGUCAGCCGCUUUGUUCUUUAAGCCCUCGUGUACUGUGCCUCCAGGGAACCCAUCUUGCCGGGAUUCCUCUGGGCUCUGUACUUCUCCAUGGCUCCCUGAACAGCUCCUCUCGCUUGUCUUGAUCAAAAUUCUGUAUACACGGUGCUCUCUGUUCAACCUUUCAAUGGUGCUUUUAUACGAUGCUGGAUAAAUAGGUUCAAUGUGCUUUCUGAAAGCUGACAUGUAAAGUUGUGACACAGAGUGUUCUCUCUAGCAUUUUCUACUUCACAGAAUUUAGUGUUAACUGUGUUGCUCUGCAAAUGGCUGUCAGUGCUUCCCUGUUUCUUGCUCUCUCUGCGCAAAACUGUCACGCAUAGCAAGCCCAGGUUGGGUGGCAGAGUUCAAAAGCAGCCACCCAAGUGGAGUGCCUUGGCCUGAGAGCAGUUAGACAUGUGGCAGUGUGCAGUGUGGAGCUGGAAGCAACACGGAUCCCAGCUGAAGGGCUUUCUUCUCUCAGUGUGUAUAUAAAUUCAUUUGCACAAUAACUAUAAGAAAUCUAUUUCAGCAACAAACAACUUAAUUUGGACCAAAUGCCAAACAGGGAUUUCUGCUCUUUGGUACUUAAUAGCAGUUAUUUCAGAACAGUGUUAUUUAUUUAGGUUGGAACAUGCCUUAAUAAGGCUGGUGUAUGCUUCACAAGUAACGUGGUGUGUGUGUAAUCUAUUGAGAAUUAGAAUGCUGAAAGGUAUUCGAUCUGAUGGCUGCUUCUGAGGUGGCAUGCUGAAGACUUCCAAAAGCAAAUCUCUUCCUUGGGAGCAGGGUGCGUAAUUGCGAUUAAUAUGUCUUUGUACGCUUGUGCUGAAGUUGAUUUGCGGCAUCUCUUUUGGGAUGGUCAAGGCUGAAGACAUUGCCAGGACAUAUCUCAGCCUCAAAAAAAAAAUAAUAAUAAACAAGCAAACAACAGAAGAGUAUUUUUAUAUCCCUUGCUACUCAGCCAGAUAUCAACUUGUUGAGGAUUAUGCUGAGAACAGGCACUGUGGAUGGAGCAUCACAGAGAUGAAAGCAGUGGGUUCCUUUUCUUCAAGGAGAGAGAACCCCAUUUGGUUGAGUGAAUAUGAAAGAUCCCAUGCUCAGCAUUCACAUACCCUCAACAAAAAGUAUUAAAUUAAUUGCCUACUUCCCAUCGAUUGCAUUAGGAUAUCAUGUACCCUACACUGCUCUUCCAUAUGGGCAAUGGAAGGAUGAAAGCUUUUUUCUGAUGCAAAGUUCUUGUUGUUGACUUGAUUAAACUUACUUUAUGUGUAAGCCAUAGAUCAGCAAGAGAGAGUCUUCACGACAUAGAUAUAUUUCACCUAACUCUAUAUGGUUAGUUAUAGAGUUAGAGUAUAGUUAUAGAGUAGGCAGAAUUACUAGAACACCUUCAUGGUCUACAUUUGCUUUGACCUGCUCAUAUAUCUAGCUUGGGCACUACCAUUUGCUUAGUAAAUGUAUGGAUGAUCAUUGUAUUAUGUAUCCAUUGGCUUGCCCGAUGUAUGGACAACAUAAAUCUUACCAUUCUGAUUUGUCAAGCUGUGAGGUUUGGUUUCUGGAAGUCUUCAGUUUCAAACUGGCCAGAAGGACAGUCACAUGAUGGGGCUUUUGUCAACCUAUUGUAGUGGAUGGUGUCCCUGCCCACGGGGGGGGGGCUUGGAACGAGGUGGUCUUUAAGGGCCCUUCCAAACCAAACCAUUCUGUCAUUCCGUGAUAGCAAAGUGCUGAAAAAUAAAGAUGUUUCUGUAAAGAUGCUUGCUGUUAACUGCACAGCUGCUUGUCAACUGUAUGUGCUACUCCUUUGCUGCACACAUUUCUAAAUAUCAGCUUUCGUUUGUGAUGUUUGUUCAUUGUUAUAAAAACAGUCUGAUAGAUUUUCAUCAUCUAAUUUUAACUAGAAUAUUUGUUAUACAAAAUAUAAAAUGAGAUCUUUGUUCAGCCUAAAAGGCAGCUAUGUAAUUUCUUACAGUUUAUGACAAUGAAUCAACAUGCUUAGUGUAUUUACAGAGUACAUAAGUAAGAUGUGACUUUAAAAUGCUUUGUUUUGGAUUUCAGAAUGCCUCCCUUUCACUUCAUGAUAAUGUUACCAACUUUGUAAUUUUCAUCUCAUAACACUGGAGAGGAGUUUUAAAACCUUACAAAUCUUGUUACUUUAAAACAGAAGAAGAGCACUGGUGUUUAGCCUUCCUAACGUGUACGAAGAGAUGCUCAUAUUUUAACUUUCAGCAUAGUUUGGAUUUUAUUUAUAUAACUGCUCCUCGCAGCCAUGCUUAACUGUCUCUGUCUCAGUUUUCUCUUUUGUCCUUGAUGAAAUACGGUACCUGGCCACUGUCCAGUGGGCACAGAGGCUGCGUUGCUUCACAGUACUGCGUGGGAUCUUCCUGAUGUGCCACUGGGAUGUAGAAGCCUGGACUUGCGCUCUGAAGUCAUGCAUUUUGGGGCAACCACAUCCUGUUUUGCAGACUUCUGUGGAGGUCUUCACUUUCUUUCAAGUUCUGCAGAAGUUCUGCAGCUUGCGAGCACUCAGCUGAUGUGUAAAGAUGUACAGUAAGAGGUGAAUUAGUACAGUGUUUAAAUAUAUUAGUAAAAAAUACCUAAGAGCACAAUAACCUCCUUUCUCACCUGUGUGAGGACAAUAGAACUUGGUUUUUACCUCUGAAUCUACUGGAGAAUGGUCACAGAACAAGGCUCCUCUGGAUAUCCUACCGACAGGCAGUUCCAUACAGCUAUUUCUGACUGUGAAUGAGCAUCUGGAUCACCCCCGUGGCUCCCCAUGUACCACCUUUGUGCUUUCCAGUAGGCCUGUGGUGAUGACACCUGAGGAGUGAUGACAACUCUGUGGUGAUGACAAGGAAGAAUGGUCCUUGGCUUCACAGGCCUGAGCCUUGGAGCUGAACACGUGCUCAGAGUGAGCCUGCAAACCCAGGGAAGGGCAUUUACUUUGCAGGGCAGAGCAGGUAUAUCCUGCUGUAGCAGCCUGGAAGAAAGAGGUCAAAGGAAAAAUAGCUGAGCGUCUUUUGUGCUGCACCCAUCCGACAGACAACCUAUUCAUAAAGGUAGAAGAGAUUGCAGUGAAGUUGCCGAGAAUCGCACGAGGGAUGGGUGGAAUUGCCCUCUCAGUAUUCCCCCAACGCAGUGGCAGGGUCAGGUCCUCUGUGCCCCACCUCCACGCAGGUCUCCUGAUCUUUUAUCAAGCCUCCAGGCAGCAUAAAUGAAACGAAAAUAAGGUGUAUGUGCACGUGGCUUUGUCCCAUGAUAAUCCCCAAAUGGGCAAAUGUAGGCGCACUCAUCUGUAAGUACCAUCAACUAUGUGCAGAUUUGGACUUCCAUAGAUGCUUUUUUAGCAAAAAAAAAAUUGAAAACUGGAUGACUUCACUGCAAAAUAAUUAUUUGUAUGAGAUGAGGGUGCAGGAUUAGACCCUACAAGUUUAGGAGAUGUUUGGUUUGGUGCUAGGUACUUUGCUUUGUCUUUGCAGUGAAAUGAAUUUUCUCUGUGGACUGAUAUGACCUCCAUAGGAACAACAGAAAACACAGAGUUUGGUGUGCGGAUAUUUAUCUCCAAUAGCUGUUACUAAAAACCCGCCUCAGUAGAAUUCACUUUAAAUUGGGUGCUAGAGGAGCUUCAGCACAAAAUGUAUGGAACAUUGCCUACUUAGAACAUAGUGGAUAAGUAUUUGUAAUUACAGACACUUGUUUAUUUUAACCAUUGUUUUAUAAUGGAAAAAGUAUUUAUUAGUAGAGUGGUUUUCUAGCAAUAUUCUCUCAAGGAAAGUUCUAGCAGCAGAUUGUGCUUUCAGGACAGCUGUUUGAUUUUCUGGUCACUGAAGAAGAACUUCAGACAUCCUCUAACCAGCAUGACCUUCUGAACUGAGAGGAUUAGGUCUGGCUCUGGCUCUCACAGAGCAGAUACGGUUAAAUAAGCUGUGGAGUUCAGCUCUGAGGGUAGCAAGAGCAGUUCAAAGAAAUGACUGUAAUAUAUAAACCUGGAGUCAGUGCAUGCGGACUUCCAAGCUGGCACUGCUGAGCCUUGUUUGCUAUACGAUUGGUUAUUUGGCUUGCUACCUUUUUGAAAUCAAUACGGUUUUAUUAACAGCACUGCAGACACCAAAAUGCUGUAGUAUUGCAGAAUAUAUGCUCCAUAAAUUGUAGCUUGACUGUAAUUGCAGGGCUUAUGCUACUGUCAGAGCAGCUCAGAGCCAACACUAAGUUGCAUUUUGUAAAGUGAUAAAUGCCGUGACGUUCCCUUCAGUGUUCUGUAGGAGUAUACACAAGUUGAUGUAAUUUAGUCAUACCCUUAUUCAAAGAAUCUUCAUCUGAUAUUUCUAGCCAGCCCAGCUUUUGGCUGCUGAAAGCACAGUAGGUUAUUAUGGUUAUUUACAGUAAACGUAGAUGAGUUUUAUGUAAAUAUGUCAGGAGAAAAAAAUCUGUUACUUAAACGUAUGAGGCCGUUAUCUAAAAGUCACAACGUAGGUCAAUGAUAUAAAAUGCAGCUUUCAUUUAUGUACAGCAGUAUCCGAAUAUUUGCUUCUUUACCUAAGAUUCUGGACUGCAUUCUCUGGAAGCAUUUCAAACUGGCUCUGCUAUUUUCUCCAGUUAAUGUAUUUGCAAAUGCCUUUUGAAUUGAUUGGAAAUCUCUGUCAAUUAUGUCGAAUGAGAAAUGCUACACUGCAGUGAAAUCAGUUGGAUUAAAAAAUCCUGGGAAAACACAUUGGUUGAAACCUAUAUAAAAACCUACAUAGAAAUCCAGUCACCAGAUGGAAUAAAACACAAUAAAUAAGAUUUGACUUUUUUUUUUUU